UCCCAUUGGAAAAUCCCUUGGAUUUCCCGUUGGUUGGUUUCCGGUGUCGCCAUGACAGUGACCGAUUCAGAGACUUGGUCCAUCGGCAGUGUGGAGCCAGUGAACGUGGCAGAUCCCUCGCAGUCCCGACUCCUUCGCAGCUCUUUCUUCUACACGGGACUUGCUUCGUUGCUGGCCUGGCAGGUGGUCUUGACCUUCACCCACAGCUUCGACUGCUACAUCUUUUUAGGGCGACGUUUCGGUGGAGCGGGCUGGGCAUUUUGGUGUUCCAUCGUGUACUCGUUGGCGGUGAACAUCAGUCAGCUCAUCCUUACCUCACGGACCGUGGUGGCCACCAUUCCCUUUUCGUUUCGCUGGAAUGUCUCCUCGGUGUCGCUGGCGCUGUCGUUGCUGGGUCUCCUCUUGUGCCACGUCUACACCACUCCAGAAACCAUCGACACAGGUUUCGGAGUGGCUGUUGCUUGCACCACGUUGAUGGGCGCAGCUUCAGGAGUUUUGCAAGCCUGCGCUUUCGGAUUAGCAGGAAGUCUUUCACCCUUCUUCGCCCAGGACAUGAUGUUUGGUCAGGGAGUGGGCGGAAUGCUCAGUGGCAUUGUUGGAAUGGCACUGGGCACGACGAAGAUCGGAUUGAUGAUCAGUUUCAUCUCUUCUGCGAUAGUUCAGCUGGGCGGCAUCCCCGUGUUGUUUGCCAUGCGGACGCACCCGGCAGUUCGGGCGCGGACAAUUGCUGUGAAACCAUCUGGCCCUCAAAGGGAGAUUUCGUCCAGUACAGAUGGGGCUUCUCAGUUCAGUAGCCCAAUGCUCAACAGAGCUCGAUCCUCCGGUCAGAUCCUGGUGCGCAAUGCAUGGCCGCAGGCCCUCACAGUAUGCGCUGUCUUUACCAUCACCUUCACCAUCUUUCCAGGUGUGGCAUCUGGAUUUGCGCCGGGAAGUCGGGUUCCCCUGCUGAUCGCCAUGUUCCAAAUGAUAGAUGUGGUGGGUCGCUUCGCGCCUCAGUGCUCUGUGCUUCGCAUUGAAAAAGGUUGGAUUGUCUCUGGGAUGGCCUUCGCACGAAUCCUGUUCGUGCCCAUGUUCAUUGCGAUGCAACGAAUGAGUUCAGAGGCAUGGGCUCAGAACGGAUUUUUGCAGAUUGGAGCUAUGGUACUCAUGGCCUUCUCCAAUGGCUAUGUGUCCACCUUGUCCAUGAUGCUUGGGCCAGAGCAAACUGGAGUCUCGAGCCACGAGAAAGAGCCUGUGGGCACCAUCAUGUCGCUUGCCCUGGUCUUUGGGAUCUUUCUCGGCUCCACUCUGGCGUUUUUCACCCAAAUCGGAAUGGUCACGACCUCCUGUCCUUCCGAGCAUUAGGCCUUCAGGCCUUCAGGCUGAGUUCUCGACCCAAGCCCGGUCUUGAGGGAAAAAA